AUGUACGAUGAUUUAAUGGAAGCUGAUGUUCUACCAGAAGAGGACUGUCCUCCUUGUUUUAUUGACGACAUUCUGCAGACACAAGAAGUGGGCAGGGGUGUUUAUGAUUCGGAGAACGACGCUAUCUUUAUUGGUCGGAUUUUCAGGAACAAGGCGGAUAUGCAAACAGCGCUAGCCAUAUAUGCAAUUAAGAGAUUUUUCAAUUUCAAGCAAGUAAGGUCUGAUAAAGAGAGGUUAAUAGUGCGAUGCGUUGACUUAUCAUGUCCAUGGAGGGUAUAUGGACAUAUAGCAGAAGGAUUAUCUGAGAAUAUGGUCGUUAGGAGAGCUACUUUGAACCAUACUUGUGAUGUCGCGACCCGGUCGCAAUACGGGAAGAAAGCCUCUUGUAAGGUUAUUGGUGAGGUAUUGAAAUCUAAGUAUUCCAAUGGAAAGAUUGGUCCUAGGGCAGUGGAUAUUCCCGACAUUGUACUCAGUGAGCUUCGUGUUUCUAUUAACUAUAUGAAGGCGUGGAAGUCAAGGGAGGUUGCAAUUUCUGCUGCGAGGGGAAGUGCUGAAGAAAGCUAUAAGUUGUUAUGCGUCUAUUUGUACUUACUGAAGAAAACAAAUCCAGGAACCAUUUACGAUGUUGUCAGUACUGGAAUUGGGACCCAGAAGUGCAAGUUCAAGUACUUGUUUUUCGCUUUUGGUGCUUGUAUUCAUGCUUCACACUUCAUGCGGAAAGUUGUCAUCAUUGAUGCAACCACUAUUAAAGCCAAAUUCAAAGGCUGUUUGCUAACUGCCAGCUUCCAAGAUGGUAAUUUUCAAAUAAUGCCCGUCGGCUUUGGGGUCGUAGAUGGAGAAAAUGAACCUGCGUGGAGUUGGUUCUUCAAACAACUAGCUACAAUAAUACCUGAUGAUGCAGACUUGGUUUUCGUUUCUGAUAGGCACAACUCCAUCUAUGCAGCAUUGAGGAAGGUAUAUCCGCUUGCAAAACAUGGGGCAUGUUCUGUCCAUCUUUAUCGCAACGUCAAAAGCAUAUAUGCUAGACAGAAAGGCCUUGGUUAUUUGGUUGCAAAAGCAGCUGCUGCUUACACUGUGGGUGAGUUUCGGAACAAAUUUGAUGAAAUUGAAAGAAGGAGUCCAGCAUGUGCUAACUACCUUAGAGGGAUUGGUAUGUCUCACUGGACACGUGUUUACUUUCAAGGGAAGCGAUACAACAUAAUGAGUAGUAACGUGGCUGAGUCUUUGAAUGCUGCUUUAGCAAAGUCGUUGGAGUUUCCAAUUGUGUCCAUGGUGGAAUCAAUCCGUAUGAUGUUGAUGAGAUGGUUUUACUGCCGUCGGGAAAAGGCGAACAAGCAUAGAAGUCCAGUAACACCAGAGGUAGAAGAGUUACUCAUGAGGAAUCUAUCAGAGUCUGCCGAGUUAACUGUAAAACCAGCUAGUUUCUCCAUCUACCAAGUUAAUAGUAGCGACGGGGCUGGCUUCACAGUGGAUAUUGAGAGGAAAACCUGCAGCUGCAAAGUGUUUGACACCCUUGGCAUUCCUUGUAGCCAUGCACUAGCAGCUGGAAGGGUUAAUCGCACACCAAUUGUAGACAUGGUAGAAGAGUAUUACAAGAUUGAGGGCCUCAGAAGUGGUUAUAGCUGUGUGAUAAUGCCUGCGCCAACUGCAGAGAAUGAAGACGUCCCAGAGGAGUUGGUUAACUCCGAGAAGCUGCCACCACAGUCCAGUGCCCCACCUGGCCGCCCAAGGAAGAAAAGGAUUCUGUCUAGGGGCGAGAGUUCGGUAAUGGAAAGAGGACGAGGCAGCGUAGCGCAGGUAGAUGUUCAAGGUGUUUUGGGACUGGCCAUAACAGGGCCACCUGUAAGAAUCCAAUACCGUAAUGGGGUGAUGCGAACUAUAGACAAGCGUACUGCUCAUUUUGGAUUGUACAUAGGUUGCAGCAAAUGUAAUCGGUUAAGUAGUGGAUAA